AUGCCAACCACUGGAAGUUAUCUCCACUGGAUAAAGGUUUCUCAUGCAGUACCUCAAAUCGGAUUCUUCGCCUCCAUCGGAUUAGGUUUGACAGUUUUGUGUCUAAACUUUUGCGGGGCUCAAAAAAAUUUUCGUUCUUAUAAAUACAUUGUCAACAUUUUCACAAUAUUGGGUAUGAUAUUUGUCGUUUCGGAGAUUUUGUUUAUCCGCCGGCUUCACAUUUUCCUACGUGGCUACAAUGUCGCUAUUAGCUAUACAGUUCAUCUAUCGGUAUUGGAUAAUUUUCGAAUCACCGCCCCCACGAUUAUUUUGUUCACCCCAAACUUGAUUAUAAUACUCUUACCCCUUUUCAAUCCGCAAAUUAGUAUUCCAUCUGGAACAUUAUCAUUGUGA